UCUUAAGCAAGACGAGAAGCGGAUACUCCUUCGGUCACUAGAAGACAAAGAUAGCCUUUGUCCUCUGAAAUUUGUAAAGCAAAAAGGUAUAGCAGAAUGUGAGCGUAUAUUGUAAUAUAUCUUACAUUGUAUUUACUGAUUAUAUAUCAUUUAGCUUUGGCAAAUGGGAUGUGGGUGGUCAUGAUACAAGGUGUGCCUCCAACGGGCGACUCUGAACACCUUGCAGGCUUGUGGGUGAAGGUGAAGAACGGCAUUGCGUCUGUUGACUAUCACGGCCUGGAUCAGAUGCCGCCUGGCUCUUCGUCUUUGUUACGCACAAAGUGCUUAACAAAGUCUGAGGGUUCGUCGAGUUUGUUCAAAGAGACUUAUCCGAAGACAAGUUCGAGGAUGUAAUUCUGAAUAGAGGGAUUCCAACGGUUGUUGGUCUUCUUCCGUAUGGAAGUCUGAUCUUGGAAGUCUAGCUUUGUAAGCGUGAACUGCGUAGAAUCGUAUU